ACUAAGUAGGACUCCAACGGUCCUGACGAAAAUCAAAAACCCUGCCUAAACCUGGUUUUCCACUGACUCUGUGCACCGAUUCUGUUCUUUCUCUCCCAAAUCAGAGUCUAACUCUGUUUGUUUCUCGAGAAAAUGGUGGCCAAGCUAUCUUACGAGGAAUCUCGCCAGAAGAGGGUGGAGGAAAACAAGAAAAGAAUGGAAUCCCUCAAUAUCCCCCAGCUCUCCAGAGCUCUUACACCAAUCUCUCCCAAACCCUCUCCGAUGAAACAAGUGAGAAAUCGUACAGUCGAGAAAGAACUAGUCGUGGUUAGGAGGUCCACCAGAGUCGCUAACAAGCCUGCUCCUGUUUACAAAGAAGUGGUUGUUGAGCGCGUAAUGAUCCCACGAAGGAUUUCUACUAAUAAGCGAAGGGAUUUGUCAAAUCGAGUUUAUGCUUCUGACGAAGCAAGGGCAGAGGCUAUGCAAAAUGCAGAAAAAUUGGAAUCAGGUCUGGGAUCUGAUUUCCCAAUUUUUAUCAAGUCAAUGCUUCAAUCACAUGUUACGGGAGGAUUUUGGCUGGGCCUUCCUGUCCACUUUUGCAAGAGAAACCUUCCCGGGUGUGAUGAUGUAAUCACCUUGAUAGACGAGGAAGGCGAUGAGUACCCAACAAUAUAUUUGGCUCGGAAAACAGGACUCAGCGGUGGAUGGAAAGGAUUUGCGGUUGCCCAUCAAUUGGUAGAUGGGGAUGCAUUAGUUUUUCAGCUAAUCAAGCCUACAGCAUUCAAGGUUUACAUCAUAAGGGUAAAUGGACCUGAGCAAGAAAACAACUCUGAGUCUUGAGCAAUUGGAAUUGAAACCAACGUUUUGUGCAGGUGUGAACCCCUUGGUGUGGGGUAAGGUGAAACGUUCCUCCUGCCAGGAAUUUGUCUUGCCUCUGUCUAGAAGCAGUUUUUUGGCUGUAGUAGUUGAUGGAAAAAUUAUCGUAUAUAUCAAACAAGGGACAACUGUACUUAAAUGUAUUUUGUCUAUUUACUACACUGUUCCUUUUGGACUCGCCCAGACGGAGUAAA